AAGGUGCACGGUACUACCUUUUGGUACAUCAUCGAGAGAUGUGACAAUGCGUGGGAAUCCGCCGGUCCACUGGACGUUCAUUUCUGCGGACAUUCAGAGCAGAAAAGGGUAUAACGGAGUCGCCCCGUUUGCUUGAAGAAAUUGGGUUACAGGUAUGUAUACAUCACAAGAAGAUUGAGUGAGUAAGAGAGAUAUAUGCAG